GUGCGCUUGUGGGGGUGGGGGACAGGCGUCAUUCCCUGGAACCAGCGGACUUCCUCUCCGCUUGUCUGGGUCACCCUGUCUGCCCGUCGCUAGCCCCAGGCUCGCUCUCUGGCCCCAGCCCUCUUCUCUCUCUCUCCCUCAGCAGCUGUCUCUCUCGUGCCCGCUGGCCUGUCUCUCUCCUUCCCCGCAGUCGCCUCCUUCUCUGCCUGCCUGGGUGGCCGCCAUGGGCCGGAAGCGGCUCAUCACUGACUCCUACCCUGUAGUGAAGAGGAGGGAGGGCCCCGCUGGGCACAGCAAGGGGGAGCUGGCACCAGAGCUAGGGGAAGAGCCCCAGCCGCUGAGCGUGGAUGAAGCAGAGCUGGAGCUGCUGAGGCAGUUUGAUCUCGCCUGGCAGUAUGGGCCCUGCACAGCCCGCGCCCCCCACGAGGUGCCCGCGUCUCCUUCCCACCCCGCAGGGAUCACACGGCUGCAGCGCUGGUAUCGGGCGGAACAGAUGGGCUUGGAGCCUCCCCCAGAAGUGCGUCAGGUGCUACAGACCCACCCUGGCGAUCCCCGCUUCCAGCGCAGCCUCUGGCAUCUCUAUCCCCUUUGAGGCGCACCUAAGACCUCCUGCCCGCUAUCCCAGAACCUCAAGACACAAGUGAGAGCUGGUUGCUGCCCCCUUGGCUCAGUUCUGCUGUGAAGAACUUUUGGCAGGAAAAGAGCCUCAUAGAGAAAAGAGGCUGAAUCUGGAGGUCUCUGAGGCUCAGCCCUCCAUCUAACCAGCAGGCUUCUGGAGCCCCCUCUGAGAGCCAACACAGCUGAAGCUUGCACUUCCUACGUGGAGAAUGGUCUCUGAGGACAAGGACCUGGCCAUGACCUUUCAGAUGCCUGCUACACGCCUCCCUGACCACAAACACUGUGGUCCUGGGAAUAGUGUGGCAAAUAGGCACAGCCUUGACAUGGUCAGACUCAGGCAGAUAUCCAUCUACGAGGCAAAGAUGCACUCCCCACUUAAGGCUGGGAAUCUGAGGGCAAAACUGGCAAGAGGUUCACUAAUGCUUAUCAAUAAAGAACAAUGAGUCUGGAA